AUGAGACAGACUUAUCUUACGUUUCGAGUUGGUGAAGAAGAAGACAUGGCGGAUAUUGGAGUCAGGAACAAGGCAAUCGAGAAGCGUGCGGAAAGAAACACAAUCAAGAGAGGCGACGACCUCUACUUAGACAACCCAUACGCUCAUGGACAAGUCAAACAAUUCAUCGAUCCGAUUGAUGGAGAGAGUUGGGAAGGGAGAGCAACGGCAUGGGAUGAUCCGAGUAGGGGAGAAUCAAGAGAAGAGAAGAGUGAAGUCAGCAAGGGCACCCAAUCUGUCCGAUCAGCCUUGUGGGCUCAAACCCGGAGUGAGCCACAUACCUCGCAACAAACGACCCCGGCAAUCUUCAAUCGCCAAACCCACGCUCCGCAUGCAUCGACCAGUACGUUCGCAGCGACGAGUAAUUUCACCUCGUCCUUUCAACCCCCGUCCCAGCCAGCAAACCACAACAAACCGGCUAUCAAUCCGAAUUACAAAGGUAACCCGGCGAAUUACAUUCACAAUUAUCGACCGAAUUUUAAAGGAGGUCGAGGAAGCGGUGGAGAUAAUGGAGCAGGAAAUGGCCAAAGUGGGUCUGGUUUCGGUCAAAACGGAUCAGGAAACGGCCAAGGGAACUGGGGAAGGAAUAGACAAGGAGAGGAGAAUUCAAAUAGAGAAGGAAAUGGAAAUGGAAAAGGGAAUGCUGGAAGAGGUUAUGCUCACAAGAAGUAA